CAAAAAACGCAAAAUCCAAAAUGCCAAAAUGUUCCCGCCAAAACUCUUUUUUAGUCAAUUGUUCUCUCCCAUUCAAGAUCGCACUUUUAAUCAACUCAAUUAAAAUUGUCUCUUUUCCUUUUCCAAUCAUUCUUCAGUCGAAUUACCCAGGUUCUACUUGUUUUCAUUCACAAUUCCAUUCAUCUUCUAUGUACUUCUUGCUUUGUAUGUCUCUAUCUACAUUUCUAUCUAUUUCUCCUCCCUUUUGUUUUGUAGCUAAACUGUUUGAUGAAAUGCCUGUGACAGAAUUCUGCAGAAAACAAUUGGUUGCCUUUUGAAAAAUUGGAAGAAUGUACGGGAGAAAAGCAAGCGAGUUGGUCAAAGAAUUUGCGACCAGUGAACCUGGGCAGCUCAGCACUUUCAAUAAUGACCUAUAUUCUCAAGUGCUCGAAGAAUGCGAAGGACAUCUCCUUCACCUUCAGCCUUUAAUGAGAAAAAUACAAGAGCACGAAAACGAACUGAAAGAUAAAAGAAGCUCCGAAGAUGCAACGGAAGAUUCAGAAGACGAACGUAGAAAAACAGAAGCUGAGAAAACGAUAAUUCAAACAGCUCUGAAAUCCGAUCAGUUUGGCGCACUUGUUCAUCACCUUUCUUUAGUACGCAACAAACGCUGUCUCAUGGCUUAUGUAUAUAAUCGGGCGGAAGUUGUGAGAAGCUUGGGGUGGAUGGUUGACAAUGUGCUCCCCGAAGAAAUCGACGAAAAACUGAGCAGUAGCGAGAAAGAAUAUUUCAAGAACCACGUCGCGACUCUACAAUCUUACAUGUCGGAGCUUGAUCUUCAUCUGACUGUGGAUACAGUUCCGCCGAAAGAUCCGUACAUAAAGGUGAGAGUUAAAGAAGACAUCGGUGAAGUAGCGCUUAGUGAUCAAGUUGCCAACUUAGCUCAACACGCGAUCAUGUUCUUGAGACGAACUGAUGCCGAGCAGUACAUCACUCAGGGACAAAUGGAAGAGCUUACUAGUUGAACUUUGACUGCUGGUGAGGUUUGAGUAUUUUAAUUUGUAUUAAUUUUAUAUUGAUUAGUUAGUUAAAUGUUCGUUUCUUUGUAUUAAUUUGAUUUAGUAUUAAAAUUGUUAAUUUUAAUUUUCCAAUAACAUUAUUAAUUUAA